AUGACAGUGAAAAACUCCAGCUACCAAGGGUUAAACACUUUUCAAAGUGAUAAUCAAAGGUACGAGCUCGGUCGUCAGCUAGCAAGCACUAAAUUAUCAAGCAACAAGACAAUCAGAAGGAUCCGUGUUCGAGGUGGUAAUGUGAAGUGGAGAGAUCUUAGAUGGGAUACCGGUAACUUCUCAUGGGGCAGUGAAGCAGUAACUCGCAAGACUCGUCUUCUGGAUAUGGUUUACAAUGCCUCAAAUAACGAGCUCGUCCGAACGCAGACUCUUGUUAAGAAUGCUAUUGUUCAGGUUGAUGUUGCACCAUUCAAGCAGUGGUACCUUCAGCACUAUGGUGUUGAAAUUGGUAGAAACAUCACUAUGGUGUUGAAAUUGGAGGUUGAAGUCGCUGCUGAAGAAGCCAAGAAAAAUAAUCAUGUGCAGAGGAAACUUGAGAACCGUCAAAAAGACCGUCAGCUAGAUUCCCACAUUGAAGAGCAGUUUGGUGGUGGUCGUUUGCUGGCCUGUAUUUUAUCUCAUCCAGGUCAAUGUGGCAGGCUUGAUGGAUACAUCCUCGAAGGUAAGGAACCGAAAUUUUACAUGAAGAAGUUACAGAGGAAAAGGGAAAUGGUGUUGCUUAAUUGUAGUGUUUUCCAUCUUAUAUAUGACUUCAUUUGUUUUUAA